ACAGCCAGCCGUCCACGAGUCGCACCAAACAAACCAAGGAACCCCGCACCGGCAGAACACAAUCCCCACCAAGAGGCAUAUAGCCAUGGCGACCCCGUUCUGCGCAGCCGCCACCUCCACCCUCGCAUGCCGCCUCUCCGUCCCGUCCUCCGCGGGGCCCUCCGGCCUUCGGCGCAGCCGGGCCUGCCGCGGCGUCGUCGCGGUUCGUGCGGAGGCGGAAGCCGCCGCUGGAGGCAGCGGGAUAAACCCGGCCAUCCGGAAGGAGGAGGCCAAGGUGGUCGACACCGUCCUGGCCGGGGAGCUCUCCAAGCCGCUCACGCCCUACUGCCGGUGCUGGAGAUCGGGCACAUUUCCACUUUGCGAUGGAAGCCAUGUGAAACACAACAAAGCCACCGGUGAUAACGUGGGGCCCUUGCUUGUUAAGAAGUAGAAUAUGAGUUAUUUUUCCCCACUUUCUGUUGAGUCAGAUACUAUUGUAUACCGUAGUCCUUAACUCCUUAUAACGUUUUUGUGAGAUGUAAUAAAGUUCCAUGUUGCAGCAACCUUGUUGAUGCUAAGACCAGAAUGAAGCGAGAAAUCACCAUGUUACAAAAAAAAAAGUCAGUUCUGUGCAUGUUCAAAUGGAUAGUGUGAUAUUUAAGAGAUAAUGUGUAAUUAAAGUUA